UCUCUUAUCUCAGAACGCUUUGUGGAAUGGCAGCAAGCAGCCUCUCUGGCAAUGAAGUCAGACACAGGAUGCCUGCUUCUGGCAGCAGUGAGGAUCUACCUCUGUAAUCAAUCCAGCACUGCAUCCAGACAGCAGCAGAGAGAGCGGAUCAUGGCAACAUCCAAAGCUCACUUUCUUUCUGGGCUCCCUCAUCAAUAAUUCACUUUAGGACUCCUGGAUGCUGAGUGGGGGGUAACAAGAGAGGAUAAGUGAGAGCAGAAUAUUAUUUUGUUUUUUUGGAAGUGGACAGGACAAAAAGUAAAAGGAUAUUUUUUUCAUUUUUGGAGAGAAGGGGGGCAAUUGGGGGACUGUGAGUCUGUGCAUUUUUUAAAGUGUGCAUCUGCAAGCUGGGCUUAGAGAGAGGAACACCACAGAAUCAUGGUCCUCCUGGAAAGCAUGGGGUCCUGCAGGGAGCUGUCCAGGGUGCUGAUACUGACUGUUGCCAUAGCAGUGCAUGCUUUACCUGUCUCAGCUCAGAAUGACACUGAACCCAUUGUCCUGGAAGGCAAAUGUCUUGUAGUUUGUGAUUCCAAUCCUGCCACUGACUCCAAAUCUUCCUCCUCUUCACCUCUUGGGAUCUCAGUGAGGGCAGCUAACUCCAAGGUGGCAUUUUCUGCCGUGAGAAGCACCAACCAUGAACCCUCAGAAAUGAGCAACAAAACUAGGAUAAUCUACUUUGACCAGAUCUUAGUAAAUGUUGGCAAUUUUUUCACCCUGGAAUCUGUGUUUGUAGCACCUCGAAAAGGGAUUUACAGUUUCAAUUUUCACGUUAUAAAGGUUUACCAGAGCCAAACGAUACAGGUAAAUUUGAUGCUUAAUGGAAGACCAGUCAUUUCAGCCUUUGCUGGGGAUAAAGACGUAACCCGUGAAGCAGCUACCAAUGGUGUUUUGCUCCAUCUAGAAAAAGAGGACAAGGUCUACUUAAAACUGGAGAAAGGUAACCUGGUUGGAGGUUGGCAGUACUCCACUUUUUCUGGUUUUCUGGUAUUCCCUCUGUGAAUUCUGUGACAAUCAUCCUUGGCGUGGACAAUAGACAGCCUUCCACCUUCUUUUAUCUGAAGAUCAUUUUUGUUUCUGUCAUCGAUGGAUUAAUGUCUUUUGGCUUCUCAUGGUUGAAUAUGGAUUAUUCUAAAAAAGUUUGUGGUCUUCUCACUGAACUAUGAUGAGAUUUCUAAGAAAAUAUUUUGUGUGUUUAAGUAUAUUUGGAUUAAAUAAGACAAUAAAUAUAUAAAUCUAAUGUUACCCAAUUAAAGCUGCCUGCAAGAUUUAUUCAUAAUUCAAUUAUGGGAAAUGUUUUGGCUACAAGGCAAUCAUGGAUUUAAAUAUUUUGAAAAGGACGUCUAUUUAGCACAUUGAUAUGCAGACUUCAUUCAACAGCUAGAUGCUCGUUGCUAAAUAGCUGUAAUUGAAAUUCUGGGUUGAUUAAACACAAUCUGAUAAAUCAGAAUUACUAUUCAAUGGAGAUUCUAAACAGAAUGACUUCAAGUCUUGGUAUUAGUUGGCUGGAUUUGUUUUGUGUAAUUCAAGAGUAAAAAUGUUCUUUAUCCCACCUCAAUACAUUUUGUGGGAGUAUUUGAAAAGUCCUUUGCAAAUUGUGCUUUAACAGCAUGUUCCAACAGUAAAAAACAAUAGAUCUUCCCCGUCAAAAAAAUAAAAUAAAAAAAUGCUUACAAUAUUUUAAAAGAGCUAUCUUGCAGAGCUCGGCAAAAUAGCUUAGCCCUGCAGAAAGGCUCAAUCUUAUUUCUUAUCUUUAAUUAGCAUGACUGAUACAAAGCACUUUAUUAGAAACCUAGAGAUGGUUUCCUGAGACCUAGUUUUUUUUAUUAGCUUAAGAUGAGCAUUCUUUAUUUAUAAUUUAUCUGUUGCACAUAAGCUAUCAGUUGAUGCCUUAAAAAUUCUAAGUUCUAAGUUAUUUGUUAAAAUAUUUUCAGCCAAUAACUGUUGUUUGAACUUGGUGAGUAUAUUUCUAGAAUAGAGAAUCAUGCAUUUAUUAUUUUUUUCUCUGUGCCACUGUAAGAUAUUAAAGAUUGAUAUGUGAUUGUUGUUUUGACCUCUGAUGAUAUAUAGACGAUAUACUAUUUUGCGUUAUUUGAAAUAUUUGUGGUUUACAAAACCUAAGAACAUGGGUCUUGCAAAAGUCCUCUUACAAAAGGUAACAUGGGAAUGACACUUGUAAUCCGUUAAAUGCCAAAGCUCCGGAGGCAUUGAAAAUAAAUAAAUAAAAGAAUAUGAAAUAAAGUAGAAAUUUGUACAGAGUUAUGAAAAUAAAUUCCACGCUGGAGCUACAAUUUGUAAAAGAUAAAGUUGUUCAGGAUGUACCCGUGCAUUAAGGUACUCAUGUAAAGAAAUGUAUUACAAAUGGAAAAAUCAGCAGGAAUAGAGGGGUUAGUCCAGUUCCAUGACUGACAAUGUGCCCUUUGCCUUUUGUAAGUUUAAAUGUUUGUGUUAAAUGA